CUUUGCGGGUUUCCUCAAUAAUUUGCUCGCAUUCUUCUCCCUCUCUUUAACCUGCUGCAACCCUAGCAGCAAGGUUUCUCUUAUGGUAUCAGAGCGGUGAUCCGCUUUUCCGCUUCAAAAACAUCAACAUGAACACUCCACCUAGCAGCUCUGGAGGUGAUGGUGAAGGCAUCCCUUUUGGCAGCUUCAAUCGCCAAACCCAGAAUGAGCAAAAUCAACAAACCCAGGCUCAGAAUCAGAUGGAAGCUCAGAUCUACAACGGUAAUCCUAUGGGUUAUGUGUUUGGAAGUCCUUAUUAUAUCAAUCCUAGUGAGAAUCUGGGUCAAUCUAUAGUGUCUGAGUUGUUGAAUGAGAAUAAUUACCAGAUGUGGCAGAGAGCCAUUCGAAUGGUUCUUAAAACUAAGCAUAAGGUUGGGUUUAUUGAUGGAAGCCUACCCAUGCCUGAACGAACUCAUCCUGAGUUUGUUGUGUGGGAUGCCUCAAACACCAUAGUGCUGUGUUGGAUCUUGAAUUCUGUUGAUAAGGAUAUACGUCGCAGUGUUUUGCAACAUGAUAUAGCUCAGGCACUCUGGGACGAACUUAAGCAGAGAUUUGGUAGUUGCAAUGCACUAAGACUAGCCAAUUUAAAGGAAGCUAUUGCUCAGUUCAAGCAGGGAAGUCUGAGUGUGACUCAAUACUAUGUGCAUUUGAAGGGAUUAUGGGAGGAAUACCUUCAGUUUAACCCUAUUGUGGAUUGUGAUUGUGUGGCUAUAAGAACCAGGCCAUGUGCAGCAGUAGAAGCAUUUAAAGAAAGGCAAGAGACAGAAUACCUGAUCAAGUUCCUUCGAGGUCUCAGACCAGAAUUUGACGUGGUACAAACUCAACUGUUGAUGAUGAAGCCUUUGCCUAGUGUGCAAGCAGCAGUGGAUGAUAUCCUCCAACAUGAGCAGAAGAUCAAGUCAGACAAAGGACAUUCUACUAGAAAUGUUCUAUCAGUUGCUUUAGCAGCACAAGGAGACAAGCAGAAGGGUUACACAUCUUUUGAACCUGGUAAUGGUGGGAGAGAUAAUGCAGAAGGUGAAAGGAAAUUUUGCAGAUACUGUAAGAAAGAAGGCCAUCUGAAGGAGGAAUGCUAUAAGCUUAAGAACAAGAAGGCCAGGAUGGCAGGAGAAAACAGUUUUGCUGGUGCUGUUGCUCAGUCAGAUUCAGAGAGCAAAGAUUCUAGUUCUACAGUUAGCAACCCAAGUCUGGAAACCAAGAGCAGUCAGAGUAGCCAAUGGUUUACCAAUGAAGAAUUCACUAAGUUAAAGUCUCUCCUCCAGGCUGACAGCAUGAGUCCAUCACCACCUCUCUCACCCUCACUCAAGCAUGCUGCUUAUUCUGUUACUCAACACCUACCACAGUUCCCCAAUUUUUCUGGUAAGUUUGUCCUGUCUUCACACAACCAGUAUGGGUUAAUGGGACUUGCUCAAGUAUGGAUAUUGGAUACUGGUGCUUCAGACCACAUUUGCUGCACAUUGUCUUUGUUAACUGAUGCUAGACCUACUGUCAAUCAAUUUGUCUAUCUCCCUAAUGGCAGUAAAGUACCAGUGAGUCAUAUAGGCACUGUUAGAUUGCAUCCAGGGUUCUACCUUCAAAAUGUCCUCUUGGUCCCUAGUUUCACCUUCAACCUCAUCUCAGUUAGUAAAAUUACCCAUGACCUACCUCUUUCUUUACAUUUUGAAUCUGACUCUUGUCAUAUUCAGGACCUAGUGACCAAGAAGCUGAUUGGAUUUGCCAGACAAAGUAGAGGACUCUACCAUCUUUUCCCCAACAUUCCAGCCUUACCUCAACAUCACACAGCAGCCACAUACAAUUUUCAACCUCACCAAAUUGAACUCUGGCAUUGGAGACUAGGUCACCCCAGCAAAGAAAGAGAACAACAACUUACUGGAUGUAAUAGGACCAUUGUUAGGCAUUGUGAGACUUGUCACUUAGCUAAACAAAGGAAACUGUCUUUUCCCCUCAGUACCAGUAGAGCACAUUCUAUUUUUGAUCUUAUCCAUGUUGAUAUAUGGGGCCCUCUUGCUGUUGAAUCUUAUGAUGGUUACUCUUAUUUUCUUACCAUUGUGGAUGAUCAUUCACGUGCUGUUUGGACCUAUUUAAUGAGGUUGAAAUCAGAAACAAGCAGAAUUCUGGAAGCCUUUUGUGUAAUGGUCAGUAGACAGUUUGGGAAAUUGGUUAAGGUUAUUCGAAGUGAUCAGGGAAGUGAAUUUCAUAUGGCUGAGUUCUAUUCCACUCAUGGAAUAGAACAUCAAACCUCUUGUGUAGAGACUCCUGAGCAAAAUGCUCGUGUAGAAAGGAAACACCAGCAUAUAUUAAACGUUGCUAGAGCAUUGAGGUUUCAGGCAGGUUUACCCUUGGAAUUUUGGAGUGACUGCAUUUUACAUGCAGUUCACCUUAUCAACAGGCUGCCAUCACCAGUCAUCCAUGAUCUCACCCCCUUUGAACUGUUAUACAACAAACCUCCAGUUCUUUCCCAUCUAAAGGUUUUUGGCUGUUUAGCCUAUGCUUCUACUUUGCUUAGGGAUAGAACCAAGUUCCAUCCCAGGGCUAGACAGUGUAUGUUUCUUGGUUUUCUACCUGGAGUCAAAGGCUAUAAGUUGUUUGACCUCCAUACCCAUGAUGUGUUUGUUUCCAGACAUGUCAUGUUCCAUGAAACCAUUUUUCCUUUUAAACAAACCUCUUCCACCAAUUCUUCUUCUCCAGAUCCUACUACUUCCACCUUUUCCCCUUCUUCUUCUUCUUCCCAGACUACAUCACUCUUUCCCAAUCAUUCUCCUAUCCCAGACGAUCUUCCCUCUCUGGUUCCUUCACCAAACUCUCAGAACACAUCUCAGCCUUUUUCUUCUUCUUCCAUGGACUCAUUAUCCAGUACACCUAUCUCUUCUAAUACAUUUCCUUCUCUAAAUCCUCAUUUUCCCUCUUCUUCUUCUUCACACACUCCAUCUCCUAGCCACUCAUUUCCCACUGCUACUAAUCAUCCUAGCCCAGCCAUUGACUGGCAUGAUCUGUAUUCUGAUGGGGAGGAACUGUGUGCUCAGGAACCUAUUGAUGAAGGGGAGGAUCAUGGAUUGAGAAAGUCCACCAGAGUCAAGACCAAGCCUGUGUGGCACAAAGAUUUCACGUUCUCAGGAGCCACUACCAGUCACUCCAUACAAAACUUUGUGUCAUUUGAUAAGCUUCCUGAAUCACAUAAGAUCUUUGUACUGAGUGUUAUGCAUGCAGAGGAACCAAAGACUUAUGCAGAAGCUUGUAAGGAACUGGUCUGGAGGCUAUCUAUGAAUGAAGAGAUGGAUGCACUGAUAGCAAAUGAUACUUGGGAUGAAGUAAUCCUACCUGAAGGGAAGAAGGCUAUAGACAACAAAUGGGUCUAUAAGAUCAAACACAAGGCAGAUGGUUCCAUAGAGAGACAUAAAUCAAGACUGGUAGUAAAAGGCUUCACACAGAUCUAUGGUAUAGAUUUUUUAGAUACCUUUUCUCCUGUGGCAAAGAUUAACUCAGUAAAGGCUUUGUUAGCAGUGACAGCUUCACAAGAUUGGCACAUCCAUCAAAUGGAUGUUGCCAAUGCAUUCCUCCAUGGUGAUUUGAAUGAGGAGGUUUACAUGAAACCACCACCUGGUGUGGUUGUUUCUGAUCCCAGGAUUGUGUUUAAGCUUAAAAAGUCUUUAUAUGGUUUGAAGCAGGCCAGUAGGCAAUGGUUUGCCAAACUGACUGCAUCAUUGUUAAAGAAUGGGUUCUCUCAGGCAGCUUCUGAUUAUUCCAUGUUCAUCAGGAGGUUCCAAGGCAGAAUGCUUGUGGUAUUGGUCUAUGUAGAUGACAUCUUAAUAGCUGGGAGUUCAUUAAGUGAUAUUGAACAGACUAAAGGGUUUCUGGGAAAGGAGUUUAAAGUUAAAGAUUUGGGAGUUCUGAAGUUUUUCUUGGGUUUAGAAGUUUACAGAGAUCACAGGGGAAUCUUUGUGAACCAAAGGAAGUACUGUAUGGAUCUUUUGGAAGAAACUGGUCACUUGGAGGCUAAGGAUUGUCUUUCACCUGCAGAUUGCAAGGUCCAAUUGAGAGCAAAACAAGGGGAACCUUUGACAAACCCUGAAGUCUAUAAAAGACUUGUUGGAAGAUUACAUUACUUGAUCAUCACACCCCCUGAUCUUACACAUUCAGUGCAGCAGCUGUGUCAGUUUCAGAAAGAUCCCCAUACUGAACAUCUACAGGCAGCUUACAGGGUGAUAAGGUACAUCAAACAUGCACCAGGUCAAGGAUUAUGGUUCAAAAGUGGAACAAAGUUGGAAUUGACAGGAUUCUCAGACUCAGAUUGGGCUAGCUGCCCAGAUACCAGAAGAUCAGUGACAGGGUAUUGUACUCUGCUGGGAGGUUGUUUGCUAACAUGGAAGUCCAAGAAACAAACUACUGUUUCAAGGUCUUCAUCAGAGGCAGAGUAUAGGGCUUUAGCACAUUUGGUCUGUGAACUGGAAUGGCUGAGAAGUUUGUUGGCUGAAAUGGGGAUUAACAUUCCCCUACCAAUUGAUGUUUACUGUGAUAAUCGAUCGGCUAUACAUAUAGCAGAGAAUCCGGUGUUCCACGAAAGGACAAAACAUAUUGAAAUUGACUGUCACGUUACAAGGGAAAGACUUAGUUCAGGAAUGAUCAAGUUGCAACAUGUGAGGACAGAUGAUCAGUUAGCUGAUCUGUUUACCAAAGGUUUAACACGUUACAGGUUGAGCUAUCUGCUGGAUAAGUUGGGAGUCUUUGAUAUGUACUCGCCAACUUAUGGGGGAGUAACAGAGCAGAAAGCUCAAGUGAAGAUUGAAGGCAAAGUGCAGCAGUGAUGAUUGAAGAAGAGCUGCUGAAGAACAGAAGAAGAACAGGGCAGAAACGUUUCGUUUCUGCCUUCCCCUCCACCUAGCUUAGGCGAUGGUUAAAACGACGACGUGGAGACCUGAACUAACCGUUAGGUGGAGACAAGAGGCCAAUGGAAUGAAGACACGUGGCGAAU